ACCCUCCGUCCCGCCGGCCCCUGUGAUCACUAACAUGGCGAUGGCGAUGGCGGCAGAGCGGGGCCGUCGUUGUCUCUGGGCACUGCGGGGGCAGCAAUGGAACCAAGUACAAAGAUUUGUGAAAUGGGCCUCAACAAUAGGAGGUCACAGCAUAGGGAAGAUUCUUAUCGCAAACCGAGGAGAAAUUGCAUGCCGAGUGAUGCGAACAGCAAAGAAAAUGGGUGUGAAGUCUGUAGCAGUUUAUAGUGAAGCAGACAGAAAUUCCAUGCACGUAGCAAUGGCAGAUGAAGCCUAUUGCAUUGGUCCAGCUCCCUCCCAGCAGAGUUACUUGGCCAUGGAAAAAAUAAUGGAAGUGGCCAAGGCCUCAGCAGCACAGGCUAUUCAUCCAGGUUAUGGUUUCCUCUCAGAAAACACAGACUUUGCAGAGUUGUGCAAUCAGGAGGGAAUCAUCUUCAUAGGUCCGCCUUCAUCUGCUAUCAGAGAUAUGGGUAUUAAGAGCACUUCCAAAGCUAUAAUGUCUGCUGCUGGCGUUCCUGUUGUUGAAGGUUAUCAUGGAGAAGAUCAGUCAGAUGAAUGUCUGAAGGAACAUGCCAAGAGAAUAGGAUUUCCAGUAAUGAUUAAAGCUGUUCGUGGAGGUGGAGGAAAGGGUAUGAGAAUUGCGCACUCAGAGGAGGAAUUUCUGGACCAACUAGAAUCAGCUAGGAGGGAAGCCAAGAAGUCUUUCAAUGAUGAUGCAAUGCUGAUUGAGAAAUUUGUAGAUAAUCCAAGGCAUGUUGAAGUCCAAGUAUUUGGUGACCAGCAUGGCAAUGCAGUCUAUUUGUUUGAAAGAGACUGCAGUGUGCAAAGAAGACAUCAGAAAAUCAUUGAAGAGGCUCCAGGGCCAGGAAUUAAUCCUGAAGUUCGAAAGAGACUUGGAGAAGCUGCUGUCAAAGCAGCUAAAGCAGUGAACUAUGUGGGAGCAGGAACAGUGGAAUUCAUUAUGGACUCUGAACAAAAAUUUUAUUUCAUGGAGAUGAAUACCAGACUGCAAGUAGAGCACCCAGUUACAGAGAUGAUCACUGGAACAGACUUGGUGGAGUGGCAGCUUAGGGUUGCAGCAGGAGAGAAGAUUCCCCUAAUGCAGGAAGAGAUUCUGCUCCAGGGCCAUGCAUUUGAAGCUAGAAUAUAUGCUGAAGACCCUAAUGAUAACUUUAUGCCAGGGGCUGGCCCAUUGCUGCAUUUAUCUACUCCACCACCUGAUAGAUUCACAAGGAUAGAAACUGGAGUCAGACAAGGUGAUGAGGUUUCUGUUCAUUAUGAUCCAAUGAUUGCAAAGCUAAUUGUUUGGGCUGAGGAUCGUCAAGCAGCACUGAGAAAGCUGAGAUACAGUCUGCAUCAAUAUAAUAUUGUAGGAUUAAGCACUAAUAUUGAUUUCUUACUGAGCCUGUCAGGACACCCACAGUUCGCAGCUGGAAAUGUACACACUAAUUUCAUUCCUCAAUACCACGAUCAACUAUUUCCAACCAAAAAGGCAACCCCACAUGAAGUUAUGUGUCAGGCAGCUCUAGGGCUCAUACUGAAAGAGAAAAUGCUAACAGAUGCUUUUAGAGAUAAGUCAGAUGAUAAAUUCUCACCAUUUGCAUCCAGCACUGGUAGAAGGAUAAAUAUGUGUUACACUAGACAACUGUCUCUGCUGGAUGGGGAAAACAUUGUGGAUGUAGCUGUAAGUUACAUUCAAGAAGGGUCAUACAGAAUGCAGAUUCAAGAUAAAACAUUCUUGAUUUCUGGAGAGAUGUUCAAUGAAGGUGAUUCAUUUUACUUGAGGUCUUCGGUAAAUGGAACAGUGUGUAAGUCCAAAUUGGUCAUUUUGGACAACACCAUUUAUCUCUUCCUUCCGGAAGGCAGUGCUCAGAUUGGCCUUCCAGUGCCCAAGUACUUAUCUGCAGUGAGUUCUGCAGGAACGCAGAGCAGUGCCAUGGCACCCAUGACAGGCACAGUUGAAAAGGUGUUCGUUAAAGCAGGGGAUAAAGUUCAGAGUGGAGACCCUCUAAUGGUUAUGAUAGCUAUGAAAAUGGAGCAUACCAUACGGGCUCCAAAGGCAGGAGUGAUAAAAAAGGUUAAUUUCCAAGAAGGUGCCCAGGCCAAUAGACACACUCCACUGGUUGAAUUCAUGGAUGAAGAGGCUGAGUCAAAAUAAAAUUCAAGGAAGGUGCAUUUUAACUUUUCUACUUUGCUGUUUUCCUCUCAGGAAAGGAUCUCAUAUUUUCAGCAAACUUUUGUGUAAGAGGUUAGGGUUUCCUCUACACUUUCUGCGUAGUUUGACUGUACUGAUGUUGGCUUCACUGAAAUUUGGAUAUCACCAUACUGUAGGCAUAUAUAGAACUCGUGGGCCUACGUGAUGUUCAGUGGUAAUGAAGAAUUCUUGAGGAUGGAGCCAGGGUUCUUCUGCCUACUUUUCUAUUCACAGCUGCCUUUUUAGCCCAGGAUGUGAGAGCAUUGAUAUGAAGGACAUCUGAAAGGUGACAGUUGUUACAUGAAAUCAUUGCUCUGGCAAAACUCCCAUUUGUGGCUUAUGCUUUUGCCUGAAUAGGGCAUUUGGGAUUGUUCCUUAACCCAGGAUCCCUCCUGGCCAUUUUUGGUGCUUCUUUUUUCCCAUUUACCUAAAUGAGUAGUGCAAAUUUGCAUAAAGAAGUAUUUUACUAUACUUUGAAAUAUCUGAUACAAAACAUUUUUAAAGUACAUAUUACCAUUACAAUUCUAAUCAAAGCUUUAAUGAAACUGCUCUCCACAAAUAAAAUUUGAUCUACUAACAUGAAGCUGUAGCACAGAAAGAUUAUUUAAUCUUAUUAAAAAAUAUUUUAUCUUAUUUAAUACUUAAAAAGUGUGCCAAAAUAAACUACGGGCUUCAAAAUCCUUGUUAAUUUUCCCAUAUUGUUCAUGUCCUAAUAUGUUGCAUAAUGGCUGGAAUUAAGUAUACCAAAGUCUUCAUAGCAACAUGAAAUAAGAGUAACAACAGUAAUCAGACUUUUCGUAUCUGCAAUCUUGCAUAAAGGAGAAUGGGUAGGGGUUUUUUAUAUGCAAAAAAAAUUCUAUUUCUCAGACACAGUAUAUAAAUAUACUUAAAUUUCUGGUGUAUUAAUCAUUUGCCUUAAAUUUUUGUUUAAAAAGCACCUCAGAGAAGCAGGAAAAGGGAAAGA